UGUGAUUCAAGAUACAUAAUCUAUUCAUUUCGAAUGACGUUGGAAAAGUUGCAGAGGUUUCCUAUAAAAAGAAAACGGUGUCCAAUUCCUGGUCACAUUCCUCCUUCGUCACACCCGUUUACAUUCCACAUGAGCAAGCUGAUAAGCAAAAUGCAAGCAAUUAUUAUCCUAAGUCUGGUGGCAGUCGCUUUCGCAGGAGUUCCAUGGAUCCCAGAGCCUCGUGACCAAGCUUGGCUCGAUCGACACCAGGGGUUUGUCGACAAUAGCAUAAAUAACGGGCAUAACAUUACUGUCCUUUUCUACGGAGACUCCAUCACCGACGCGUGGAGAAAUACCGGCCUUCCUACGUUUAAUCAGCAUUAUGCUCCAUUGGGAGCGGCAAACUAUGGCAUCGGAGGUGACCGUACUGAGCACGUCCUAUGGCGAAUCCUCAAUGGCGAAAUUACCAACUUGAAUCCAAAAAUUUGUGUCCUCAAAAUUGGAACCAACAAUCUUGGAGCUAACACUGAUAGUGACAUUGCUAGAGGGAUUUCUGCCAUCGUUGACACUCUUCGGUCUCAACUUCCCGACAUGAAAUUACUUCUUUUGGGAGUUCUCCCACGAAACAAUGCUGCUAACACUAACCGAACUGAAAACGUUAGUCGAAUGAUUUCCAUUUUAGACAAUGGCAGUUCUGUCCGUUUUCUGAACAUGAGAGAUUCUUUCUACGCUGGCGAUGGCGUCUUCUACACUGACCUCUACACGGCAGAUCUUCUUCAUCUAUCUGCUCUUGGUUAUGUCACCUGGCAAAGCACGAUGGAUUCGUUGUUUCAAGAAAUGUACAAUUCCACUCAAUUCUAUUUUUGAUAUGUAUGUAUUUAUUUUACUGAAUAACACGUCUGGGCGUGUACCAUAUUGGAAUAAAAUGCCCAACUAGUUCCCCAACAGAAUGAUACCUUUAA